CAACUUUCCGGGGUAAAUCUACUUUUUAAUGUUCUUGUGAAUUGAGAAUUGCUAUUGUGUUGUCGCCUGUUCGAUCCUUACAUCCAAUCCAGCAUCUCGACUAGGUACCUUGCCAGUCCGCUACGUUCUUCCGUCCUUCCUUCCUCCCCGCCUGCUUGACUGCUCCGGUCAAUAGCACUGCACCAGGCUUGCGAUACUCGACCUGGUGCUCUCCAGCCAGUCACGGACAAUUUUUUUUCCAAAUGGGCUUCUUCACAGGAUUUGCGAGUGGCUUCGCCCUGACCACGACCGUCCUCUACCUGACCGUCCAAGUCCAUCGGUACAACCGGCUCGAGCAACGCAACGCGAUCCGCGACCAGACCCGCGCAUUGACCUGGCUGGCCUCGUCGACCGGCGCCUACGAUCGCCGCUUGAUCCCCAGCGAGACCGAGAAGCUGCAGGAGCUGCCGCCCAAACGCACCCAGCCGACGCUGUCCGAGUUACUCAAGCACCGCUGGAACACGGAGGUGAAAACCCUGGCGAACAAGGCCUACGAGGCUAGCUGGGAGGACGUGCGGGAUAUGGCCGUGGAAGGGUGGAGCUCGGCUGUGAGGCUGGUGAAGAACGAGUAGAGAGAGGAUGGAUGUGGGUUUUCUUAGGAGGGGUGUUUUUUUCAGUUAUGUGUGUUAUGCUUGGGCUUGUAUGAUAUCGGGUGUAGUUUGUGUCUCUGAUACCCUUGAUUUCGUUGUUGGUACUUUGAAAAGUUUGGGAUGUUCUUCUACUGUGUUUGUUGCGGAUUGAUUAUUGCUCGUCGUUUUAAAAUGACAGAAGUCUGGUGUAG